AGACAAAUGAUCAUCUCUAUGCUGACCAUUUUAAUAGUUUUUGAAAUAUAUUCUUUCUUUAAAAAGAGACCAAAACAUGUCAAAAAGUACUACCCUGGAAACCUUAUAAAUACUUCAGUGUGAAGAACCCUCCACUCAGAACACACAGUUUAUCUUCAGACAUCUUAGGGGAGUUUGAUAAAGAACAGCAGAUUCACACAGAAGUUUUCUGCCCUAUAAGUCUCUCUCCAGUUUUCAAAUGAACAAUUAUUGGCUUGGAAAACAGCAACAUCAUUUAUUAUCCUGUGGGUCAGAGGCACAGUGGGGUCCCGGCUCUGGAUGUCUCUUAAGGCUGCAAUCAAGGUGUCAGUUGCUGCUGCACUUCUCUCAAGACUCAUCUGGGGAAAGAUUCAAGUUUCCGCGCUCACUCACAUGGCUGUUGGCAUCCACUGGGAGUCUUGGAAUGAAUCCCCCGCAGGUUGUUUACUAUGUCUUUGGCUGAUACAACAAAAACAAGUAUAGAUGAACAUUUCCCCAGUGUGGAAUUAGAAAACAAUAGGAAGUCUGCAGAAUGCAAGAGAAGCCCAGGCACAGGUGAUUUUUCAAGGAACAGUAACACCUCCGAAAAGAGUGUUGAUUAUAGCAAAUCUCAGUGCUCCUGCAGAAGUUUAAGUUCUCACUAUGAUUAUUCAGAAGACUUUCCCUCUGAAUCUUCAGAAAUAGCUGUUAAAAAAAAUUAUUUAGAGCAUCAUGUGGUAAAAGAAAAGGAGAAGGAGAAGAAAAAGUACAUUUCUAAAAUCUCGCAACCUAAAGCUGAAGAAUCAAUGUUUGAAUCAUCAAUGAAAUGUAAAUACCUGUCUCUUUGCCCCAAGAGGAUGCUCUCCAAGUCUGGCCAGAAGGAAAUCUCAGCUGAAAAAAAGCACACCUGGAAUACACCAUUUUUAAGUUCUCGAAUCAAUAUGAUUACCCAAAGAAGAGAUGCUAUGGCUCAUCGAAUACUCUCAGCAAGGCUUCAUAAGAUUAAAGAACUAAAAAAUCAAUUAGCUGAUAUACAUCGUAAAUUGGAAACCAUCAUCAUAGAAAACCAAUUUUUGAAACAACUUCAGCUGAGGCACUUGAAAGCUAUAGGAAAAUAUGAGAAUUCACAAAAUAAUCUACCUCAAAUUAUGGUUAAACAUCAGAAUGAAGUAAAAAGUUUAAAGCAGCUACUUAGGAAAUCCCAGGAAAGGGAAAGAACAGUAUCUAGGAAACUUAGAGAAACCGACAACAAGUUACUGAAGACUAAAGAUGCCUUGCAGGCACUGCAGAAACUUUCUGAAGACAAAAAUCUUGCAGAAAGGGAAGAACUUACUCAUAGAUUGUCUGUUCUUAUGACAAAAAUGGAGGAAAAUGACAAAAAAAUACAGGUCUGUAGCUUGGAAAAACAACUGAGGUUAAACAGUAGAGCCUUUAGUCGGCAGUUGGCAGUUGAAAAUGGGAAGACUUUAGCAGCUCAAACAGCUACAAAGACUCUACAAGUGGAAGUAAAAUGCCUUCAACAAAAACUCAAGGAGAAGGAUCGUGAGCUUGAAAUUAAAAACAUCUAUGCUAAUAGAAUCUUUAAAAACUUACAUGACAAAGAAGAUUAUCCAAAAGUUUCUUCAACAAAAUCAGUACAAGCAGACAGGAAAAGUUUGUCAUUUACAAGUGUGAGACACCAGGAAACCCAAAAAUCAGAAGAUGUUUCUUCUUUGACAACUAAGGGUAAAAAGGCAGCAGGAAAUAUUGGUCAUAAAGAAAAAUCAACUGGAAUAAACUGUGAAAUUCCUCACUAUAUCAGUAAACUACCAAAGCAAGAGGAUUCUAAGAGAAAAUUUGAAGAUUUAUCAAAGGAAGAGGAACAUUUGAAAGUACAAGCAGCACUGGAGAAUAUUGGAAGACAAAAAGAGAAAAAGGAAAAUCAAGAAAAGAAAAUCAUGUUAAUGAAAGAGGAAGAACUACCACCAAAAAGAAUUCAAGUAAUUCAUCCUGAAAGAGAAAGCAACCAGGAAGAUGAUACAGUAAAAGAAAACUUUAAAAGAAGUGUAGAAAUAAGUGACAUGGAUGAGACACCUGAUAAAUAUGCCGUUCCAAAUAUCAAAACACCCUUCAGACAAAGAAAGCAUUAUUCAUUUACAGAAGCAAUCGAAAACUUGCAUCAUGGGCUUCCUGCUUCAGGUGGGCCAGCCAAUACAGAUGGCAUGAGAUGCAAUCAUAAUACAUACAAACAUCGCAGUAAUGUAGAAGUGAAACAAGAACAUUCUAUUAGCGGGUAUGAACCCUCUUUUGGUAAGUCUUCCAGAACAAAAGUGAAAGAUACAAUUUACAGAGAUAAGAAAAGCAGUCUAAUGCAAGAACUCUUUGGAUCAGGCUAUGUCUUAAAAAAUGACCAACCAAGUCCUGUUGUUAUGAAAGAAUCUGAGGAGACAUUGAAAAGUAAGAAGAUGCAUCAUCUGUCUCCUAGUCAGGCCUCUGCCAGCAAUGCUUUUGGAGAUUCUCAAGUAACUGUGGUAAAUUCUAUGAAGUCAUCUUCACCUACAGAAGGAAACAGAAAAAUAAUUAUUUAAAUAUAAUCAAUAUCCUAAUACACUCUGGUUUGAUAUACUGCUUUUUAUGUGCCUUUAAUCUUACCGUUUUAAAGUGUGAGAGAGGGUUUGUGUGUGUAUGUGUAUGCCUAUGUGUGUUUUAGUACUUAAAUUGACUUUGGACAGUUAAGGUUUUCUUUUAUUGCUAAUCUAAUAAAACCAUUGUAUAUUAGUCAAUGAUAACACCUUAAAUACAAAUUUACCUCUUUUUUCUGUAAGUGAAACAUGUCCAUUAUCUUUUGGAAGACUGAUUUAUUAUGUGGCUCUAGUAUUCUGUGGGACUCCAGAGCUGGAAACUCUAGGUUAGUCAACCCAAGACAUACACAUCUCAUAUAUUUUAUAAAAAUAUGUAUAUCUUAUGCAACAGAGUUGUAACUUAAAAACAUGGAAGCAGCUUUGGAAGGAAACAAUAUAAUCAAAAGACUCUUUAUUUAAAAAUAAUAAAAAGUACAGUGAUUGCCAAGCUUGGUUUUAUGAAAAUCAUUUCUGGGGUAUUCUCUUAUUAGCUAAACUGAGCAUCUAAUAGCCUGCCUUUAUGAUACUUUCUUCAU